AUGCUGGCUGGCAAGAUGUUCUCCCUUCGUACCGCAGUGCGGAGAGCUUCCACCAGCAAGCCCCUCCGAGCGCUCUCCGCACCGCACGCCGUUUCUCCUGCGAGACUCGCCUCUGCUCGUCAGUCCCUGAAGGCCUCUGCCGUGCCGUUGUUGCAGGGUCGCCACUAUUCCCGUGCGGCGGAUCCCCAACUCUCGUCGACCCGGUCCACCGUUGUCCAGUUGCUGAGUAACAUCGGUUCCAAGCGCGAGGUUCAGCAAUACCUCUCGCACUUUACCUCCGUUUCCUCCCAACAGUUCGCCGUCAUCAAGGUUGGCGGUGCCAUCAUCACUGAACACCUUCACACUCUUUCGUCCGCCCUCGCGUUCCUCAACCAUGUCGGACUCUACCCCAUCGUCGUUCACGGUGCCGGGCCCCAGCUGAAUCGCAUGCUGGAGGAGGCCGGCGUGGAGCCACAAUUCGAGGAUGGUAUCCGGGUUACCGACGGCAAGACCCUGGCUCUUGCCCGCAAGCUGUUCUUGGAAGAGAACCUGAAGCUGAUCGAGGAAUUGGAGCGCAUGGGUGUGCGCGCCCGCCCGAUCACCGCUGGUGUUUUCUCGGCCGACUAUCUUGACAAGGAACGGUACAACCUUGUCGGUAAGAUUAACGGAGUGAACAAGACUCCAAUUGAGUCCGCAAUUGAGGCUGGCUGUCUCCCCAUUCUGACUUCCAUGGCCGAAACCCCCGAUGGCCAGAUUCUCAACGUCAACGCGGAUGUAGCGGCAGGUGAGCUGGCCCGUUCCCUCCAGCCCCUCAAGAUUGUCUACCUUGCCGAGAAGGGUGGACUUUUCAACGGUGACACCGGCGAGAAGAUCUCCGCGAUCAACUUGGACGAGGAGUAUGAGCACCUGAUGAGCCAGUGGUGGGUGCGCCAUGGCACCCGCUUGAAGAUCAAGGAGAUGAAGGAUCUACUCAGCGAUCUCCCUCGUACCUCCAGCGUUGCGAUCAUCCAUCCCGCCGAUUUGCAGAAGGAGCUCUUCACUGAUUCCGGCGCCGGUACCCUGAUCCGCCGUGGUAACAAGGUGCACAUCAAGACUUCUCUCUCCGAGUUCGAGGAUCUGGACAAGCUGAAGGAUGUCUUGGUCCGUGACCGGGAGGGUCUGGAUGCCCGGGCUACCGUCGACCGCUACGUUGAGGGUCUCAAGGAGCGCGACUUCAAGGUCUACUACGACGAGCCCAUGGAGGCUUUGGCCGUGGUCCUGCCUCCCCAGAAGGAUGCCGUUACCUCUCUGGCCCACCUGGCCACCUUUACCAUCACCAAGUCGGGAUGGUUGACCAACGUGGCUGACAACGUCUUUGCGUCCAUCAAGAAGGACUUCCCCAAGCUGGUGUGGACCGUUAAGGAGGACGAUGAGAACCUGACCUGGUUCUUUGACAAGGCCGACGGUAGCCUCAGUCGUGAGGGCGAGGUUCUUUUCUGGUACGGCAUCGAGAGCGGUGACGAAGUCAAGCAGCUGGUCCAGGAAUUCAACCAGAAUGGCCGUCAGAUGUUCGGUGACAUCAACCUCGAAUCGCGACUGCACCGGGCCGCCCAGGCUGCCACCAAUAUUGGCAAGGGAUUCGGCGCUAGCGGUGCUUCAACUGAACAGCGCCGUGCCUUCUCGACCGGUAACGCCCUGCGUGCUGCUCGCUCUGCCCGCCCUUCCGUGCUCGUGACUGCCGUUCGUACUUAUGCGACGACGAACCCCAACCCUCCUCUGGGCGAGAAGAACAUGUCCAACAGCCAGCCCUCUAAGGUUGCUCUCAUUGGAGCUCGUGGAUACACCGGCCAGAAUCUCAUCAAACUUAUCAACGCCCACCCUCACCUGGAUCUGCGCCACGUUUCGUCUCGCGAGCUGGCCGGCAAGAAGCUGCAAGAUUAUGACAAGCGCGAGAUCAUCUACGAAAACUUGAGCCCCGAAGACGUCAAGCGCAUGUCGGCGAAUGGCGACGUUGACUGCUGGGUGAUGGCCCUGCCCAACGGCAUCUGCGCGCCCUUCGUUGAUGCUGUCAACCAAGGCUCUGAGAAGGGCAACGUCAUUGUUGACCUGAGUGCCGACUACCGAUUCGACCCCAAUUGGACCUACGGACUUCCCGAGCUGGUCAGCCGCUCCACCAUUGCGCAGGCCACUCGCAUCGCCAACCCCGGCUGCUACGCCACUGCGGCUCAGAUUGGAAUUGCCCCUCUUGUUCCUUUCCUCGGUGGCCAGCCCACUACUUUCGGCGUCUCUGGAUACUCGGGAGCUGGUACCAAGCCAAGCCCCAAGAACGAUGUCGAGUUCCUUACCAACAACAUCGUCCCCUACAGCUUGGUUGGCCACAUCCACGAAAAAGAGAUCAGCGCUCAACUCGGAACCAGCGUUGCCUUUAUCCCCCACGUCGCGGUCUGGUUCCAGGGCAUCUCCCACACCAUCAGCAUCCCCCUGAAGCAGGAAAUGUCUUCUCGUGAUAUCCGCAACAUUUACCAAGAACGCUACGCCGGCGAGAAGCUGGUCAAGAUUUCGGGCGAGCCCCCUCUUGUUAAGGACAUUGCCGGUCGUCACGGCAUCGAAGUUGGCGGCUUCGCUGUUACAAAAGACUACAAGCGGGUUGUUGUUUGUGCCACUAUUGAUAACUUGCUGAAGGGGGCAGCCACCCAGUGUCUGCAAAACAUGAACCUGGCCCUCGGAUACAACGAGUAUGAGGGCAUCCCCCUGGAUUAA